GCAUUGUUAAUCACAGUUAAGAAAAAACACACACAAAAGUUUGUUUUCUUUACAAGAAUUCUUAAACUUUACUUCAUCAGAUUCGCUUAAGUUCGCUUAUCCUUUUUCUUCACUUUUCUUUUCUUUCAUAUUUUUAGCAUUUUCUGUUAUUUUCUUUCCCUUUAAAAAGAAAUCUCUGCAUUUUCUACUAUUCAAAGAAAAAAAAGAACAAAAAGGGCGUGGCUUACUAGAAAAAAAAAAAAAAAUGGGGAUAGGAUCGUUGGCCUCAUCAGAUACAUCAGAUUUCAACACUUACGGCCCAUCCCAUCUCAAAUCUCCUGAUUGGACCAACCCGCACUACCAAACCGGAGUGUUAUCAAGUUUGGUAAAUGGAGUGUACACAUUGGAAAGGGACAGGCGUCUUAGGCAAAAAAAAAGAUACAGGCUUGGCUUGCGGAAGUGUCCGGAACCACAAGCCAAUCCUUGGUGGGACUUUUUCGAUUUCGAAUUGAUGAAACGCUUGAACGACGAUGACGGUUCCAUUUACGGUGCCGUUUUCGAAUACAAGAACUACAGCGUUUACCAAAAUAACCCACAUGUGAAAGUUCCACAGUACGUGAUGGCCUUCCGCGGCACGGUUCUGAAUAGUAAAACUUUGAUAUGUGAUUUCACACUUGUCAUCCAAUGUAUGUUGAACACCCUUCAUCGAGGUGGCAGGCCUAAGCAUGCCUUUGAAGAAAUCCGUGGUAUGGUAGACAAACAUAGCGACUCAGUUAUCUGGCUUGCUGGACACUCUUCGGGAGCCGCCCUAGCUUUGAUUGCUGGAAAGACCAUGACGCGUUCUGGAUGCUUCCUCGAAAGUCACAUAUUCAACCCACCAUUCUCGUCUAUUCCUAUAGAGCAGAUACCUGGAGGAAGCUUAUUUAAACAUGUGUUUCAAACCGCCAAGAGUGUCGUCAAAAGCACCAUAGGUGCGAUCGUAAAUUUACCACAGAAUCAAGAAGACAAAUCAAAAGUAGCAUCGUGGAUACCUCAUCUAUAUGUGAACCCAAACGAUUCAAUCUGUUCAGGAAUUAUGCAUUACUUCAAACGCAGAAGCGUCAUGUCUAAGUUUGGUGCAGACGGAAUCGAGAAAAUGGCUGCUAGCAUCUCAUAUGCAAGUGAAUUGGUCGGAAAAUUCAAAGGAUCAUCACCGUCAGAUUUGUCAAAAGAACCUCUUUACGUUCUUCCAUCAGCAGACAUGACUGUAAACAAUAGCAAACCGACGAAGUCUACGCCAGCUCAUGCGCUUCACCAGUGGUGGGAGCGAGACCCGGCCGUGAGGGAAAAUUGGGAAAGCUGUUGCAUUAGGUCUUACCGGCUAAAGCAAUCGACACUAUAGUAAAUCACAAAAAUGAUGCCACAAUUAUUAUAAUUUUCUUCUUUCUUUCAAAUUUCUUUUUGUAAUUUCCAUGUAAUUGUUUAAACUGCUUUUCACAAAAAAAAAUAAUGUAUAAAUGAAUUAAAAAUAUAAUGUUAUACCUUAUAGCA